AUGCCGAACAUUGUAAGCCGACAAAUUCGCCUUAAGAAUCGAAUCAUUGGUAUGCCCAAGGAAAGUGAUUUUGAAAUCGUUGAGGCGACGCUCCCUGAACCCUCAGCAGGAGAGGUGUUAGUUGAAAACCUUUACACGUCAGUAGACCCGUAUAUGCGCGGCGGUAUGCGGUCCGCUGAACUUGGUAAACCCUUAGAAGGCAGGUGCGCCGGUCGGAUAGUGGAAUCGAAGAGCGACCAGUUUCAAGUUGGGGAUUAUGUGACGGGUAUGCAGGGGUGGCGAGAUCAUUACAUUGCACCGGCAAAAAGCGUGACCGCUGUAGAUCUGACGAUCGCGCCGCUCCAGUCGUUUUUAGGUGCUGUCGGUAUGCCCGGACGUACCGCCUACUUCGGAUUUCUGGAGAUAGGUCAGCCCAAGGCAGGAGAAACGGUUUUUGUCUCCGCAGCAGCAGGGGCGGUAGGUUCAAUCGUGUGCCAGAUCGCCAAAAUCAAAGGAUGCCGAGUCGUUGCGAGUGUUGGUUCCGAUCAGAAAGUCGCAUGGCUACUGGAGAAAGCUGGUGUCGAUGCGGCUUUUAACUAUAAAAAUGUUGAUGACUUGGAAGCCGAACUCAGGAAACACUGUCCCGAUGGACUUGACAUCUACUUUGAAAACGUGGGAGGCAGACACCUUCAAGCCGCGCUCGCAGUGAUGAAUAUGCACGGACGUAUCCCACUGUGUGGUAUGAUCUCGCAAUACAACGAUGUUGAACCUACCCCAGGUCCGACAAACCUCAGUUCUGCUAUCGGUAAACGGAUCAGGUUACAAGGGUUUAUUGUCACCGACUUCAUGGAACGGAAUCCGGAAUUUUACAGCGAUAUGCAGCAGUGGAUAACCGAAGGUGAAAUACAAUGGGAAGAGACGAUUAUAGAGGGAUUAGAAAAUGCACCAAAAGCGUUUAUCGCGCUUUUCACAGGUGAAAAACUCGGCAAGAUAAUCGUCAAAGUUGCUUAA